UAGCCGCCUUCUUCGAGGACGUUCCCCCAAAGGCGUUCCUUUCAAGAGGCCGCCCCUGGUUGCAGAACUGCCACGAACUUCUCAGGGGCCUCGCAUCUCAGGAACCCACAAUCGUCCGGUGCGUGAGGCAGAUGCUCCCAGGAGAGAGAGCCCCGGGUCCCGGGGGCGGCCAAGAGCACGCCCGUCAGGUGAGCUGUCCCUGAGCUGAGGGGAAAGUGUAGCUCGUCUGGACCGACGCUUAGCCGUGCCGCCGCAGCUCUGCUCCCAGGGGACUCCACGAGGAGCUUCCAGGCGCUCCCGGCUCGCUUUCUCCCUUCGGGCCGAGACGGGCAGAGAGCAUGCGCACUCGGCGGAGCGCGCCUGACGUCAUCGAAGGCGCCUGCCGCUCCUCGUUAGCAACCGAAAGCGUCCGUAGUACCGCGGGCGGCGGAGAUGUACGGACUUCCGGUUCUCGGGGCAGCUGCCGCGGCCGCCGCCGCUGCCCCUGCCACCUGCCCCCGCCGGGCCGCGGUCCAGGGGUGGGUCGCCGCUUCUGCGUUCGCCGCGGCGCCCAUGGUCCCUCGUGGAGCCAGGGCGGCGGGCCCGGCGGCUCCCGCGCGCUGAGAGGGCGCUCCGGGGACGAUGAAGGGCUCGCGCUGCGGCCGCGGCGUCAGCCCGCUCUUGGCCGCCGCCCUGCUGCUGCUGCUGCUGCUGCCGCCGCCGCCGCCGGGCCCGGGGGGCGCUUGGGCCUCGCUGCUGCGGGCGGCCGCGCCGGGCCCCGCGGCCCCGGGGACCUCGCCGCCCCUGCGUCCCGGCCCCACCGCCGCCGGGUCGCCGGGCCGGGCGCCCGCAGACGCCGCGGGGCCGCGGGGCGCGGAGGGCGGCAACGGCAGCAGCCCCCGGGCGGGGCUGGCCGCGGACGACUCCGGCGGGAAGGCCCGGGAGGAAGACUCGGCGGGCGGGAGCCUGGCCGUGAGCCCCAACCCCGGCGACAAGCCGAUGACCCAGCGGGCCCUGACCGUGCUGAUGGUGGUGAGCGGCGCGGUGCUGGUGUACUUCGUCGUCAGGACCGUCAGGAAGUCAAAGACUAACCGAAGAAUCGUGUUUUGAUAACAGCUGCAGGCUUGGAUUGUCCUCUAGGACAGUUGCCCCAGGACGGCAACUCAGCAGUUUGGCUGACCUUGAUCUUAGGAUUUUGACAUUUCAACCUAAGCCCUCCACAGUUGUCAGAGCUUGGUAGAAGAGACGAAAGGAUGUUAUAGGGGCUUUUGACUGCUUCAGCCUAAAAAGGAGACUAAUUGUAUGAAAAGCUGGGAAGUGAG